AUGCGACAACCACCUUCCAUCACUGCACCUUCAAACUGGCAACGAAAGCGCACAUAUGGCCGCAAACCCGUAAGUCAAGGCACUAGGAACUUCAUGGACGAAUUGCGAACUAGUUCGGAUGGUCGCAAAAGAUCUGCUGACGAAGACCUAUCUCGAGAGCAGUCGAACAUAAAGAAAACCUGUUCUCCGCCAGCUAAGAAAGCAAUUGAUUCCAUCACUACCCCUAUAGCCUCGGAAUUACAGCAACCACCUAAAUACAGAUUCACGGAAGAAGAGUUCGAGGCACGAAUCUCCAGCAAACCGCUACUUCCUAUGCCAACCAAGCCUACCACCAGCCCACCUCCCAAGGCGACUCGAAGUCAGACAACAAAAACGCUACGUAAUCAGCGCAAGCGACAAGCCAAACGACAGCGUAACAAGCAGCGCGGUGCGUUAUUCUGCCAGGAAGGUUCCAACCCUUCUGCGAAUUUCGAUAAAGCACCCUUGCCAACACCUCCUCCAUCAACCAGAGGAACGCCACAGUCGCCACUGCCGACACUACCCUCGGCCCACGACGACGAUACUGACGAUGCGACUGAAGAGUUCUUUGAGGCCGAGGCUGUGCUUCAUGAGGAUAUUACAAUACACGAGAAUAUCGUGUCUGCCCGCGGAAGUGCUAUCGAGCGCUUCGGUCGUGAGUUAUGGAGCAAUAUCUUCGGCCACAUCCUGGAGACAGAAAAUACUGUGCGACCUUUCUACCGUCGAGGCAUGAUGGCUAAAGCUAUAAAGUCUGAAUGCUAUGACGAUGCGGGUGUUAUUGAUCUCGACAAUGUCAAUCUAUCCAUCUUGUCGGUCUGCAAAGGAUUUCAUUCGAUUGGCGCGAAGAUCUACUACAGUAGGAACGAAUUCUACUUCAACGAUCCUAGUGCCUGCAGUUAG